UGUAAGUAUGUACUUGAUGAGUAUCAAGCAAAGGAUAAUUAUGAAAAUAUAGAGGUUCGACGAGGUUGACGCCAUUUUUAUAAUAUUGGCUACACUUCGGAUUCGAGUUCCGGCACUACGAAUAUACUGUUCAGUUUCAGUAUUCAUCUACACUUUGAAGCUUCAACAGCCGCAUAGCUACACUACGUUAGAAACUACCUCGCACGUGCUUUUUUUAUACGAAACGUGUACCUACUUUUAGUUUUCGUUGUUUUUUUGUUUUUGUUUUGUGUUCUCCUCGAUCGGUCAAUUUUAGAAUUUACAAUAAAAUAUAAUUAGAGAAAAAAAUAGAUAGUAGAUUUUAUGCGCAGGUGAUGUGACAAUUUUUUUUUUUAAUUUCAUCGCUCGAAAAUAUGACAUUUUAAUCGGUGACGUGAAUUAUGAAUUAUGCAAAUUUGAGUUUAAUUUUUGGACGCAAAUGAAAUGGCCGAUAGUUAGAACACGGUACAACGACGGCGACAAAAGCAGAAAUUCCAACGAUAACGUCAGUUUCGACGUUGGCGGGUAAAAUUUCACUCGAAACGAGCGCCGGUGAAAAAAAAUGCCAUCGAAAUGGUAUCUUUUCGGCGCUAAUGUUUUCAAAGAACCGUACAGAUAAGUUGUCCUCGUCGUCGUCGGCGGCGGAAGAACGAAAGAAAAGGCGACGUUUGAAAAUACGAGUCUGCUCGUAAUCGACGGCUCGUGCAGCGUCGUCAUCAAUAAAUUUAUGCUUAUAAGUAUCUCCGUCUACUAGAGCAUCUGUCGAAUAUAGGUACCUAGCCUAUAAUAGUGGAAAAUCGCCGUGUAUAUACGAGUAAUUUUGCAUGGUAAUCGGUCACAUAUGGUUUCUGCGUUAUCGGUCGAUGUGGAUACAGCGAACGUUACUACGAAUGGAUUGUUGAGUACGACGACGUUGAACGCAACGCGGACGCCGUCCGUGUCCGUGCCGGAGAACGGUACCGGUGCUGAUUUCGACGCGAUUUUCGAAUAUCCGCCGUACUUAAAAGUCACCUCGAUUACGUUGUGCGUGCUUAUACUGGUGUUCGGAGUGGUCGGAAACAUUAUGGUGCCGGUGGUGAUAAUUCGUACCAAAGAUAUGAGGAAUUCCACCAAUAUAUUCCUCAUGAAUUUAAGUCUCGCUGAUUUGCUGGUUUUGAUCAUUUGUACGCCGACCGUAUUGGUCGAGCUCAACUCUAGACCGGAAACUUGGGUUCUUGGAGAACAUUUAUGUAAAAUAAUACCAUUUGUAGAAUUGACGGUUGCUCACGCUUCAGUGCUUACAAUUUUAGCGAUCACUUUCGAGCGAUAUUACGCAAUCUGCGAGCCUCUGCGGGCUGGUUACGUUUGUACAAAAGCUCGAGCAAUUGUGAUUUGUAUAAUCACUUGGCUGGUGGCUGCAUUUUGUACUAGUCCAAUCGCAAUGAUCUCAAAAUAUCAAAUUAUGGAAUACGUGGACGGUUCUAUGGUUCCUGUGUGCUUCACGAAAGCCGAUACUUUCUGGCCCAUGUUCUACUUCCUAGUCAUCAAUACGAUAUUUUACUUGGGCCCGUUUGUGUUGUUGAUUUUCAUGUACUGGGUGAUCGCGCGACAUUUGAUGGCCGAUCCGGGCACCAACUGCUCGGAAAGCGCUUUCAACGUUCGAGCUCGUAAACAGGUCGUAGCCAUGCUGAUUACGGUGGUGGUGGCCUUCUUCUUGUGUCUACUACCGUUUAGGGUGUUCACGCUGUGGAUCAUACUGGCGCCGGGCGACUACCAGCCCAACGUACAGAUGGACAAUUACUACCACAUCCUGUUCUCCUGCCGGAUCAUGUUGUAUUUGAAUUCGGCCAUUAAUCCGAUACUGUAUAACUUGAUGUCGUCCAAGUUUCGGCAAGGUUUCAAAAACUUGAUUCCUCGGGUUUUGCGAGCAGCUGCGGGUGGAGGCGGCGGCGGUGGCAGCAGUAGCAGUAGCGGUGGUGGUGGCGGAGGAAGCUUGGGCGGAUUUCAUCGUCGUCGUCGUCGAGGCCGUCUUCGCUACAGCAAUACGUUAAGCACAACUUUAUCGCAUUCUAGUACCAAAGUUACCAUAUUGGCGAGGACCGGUUCGUCGUUGCUAUUGAGGUCCGGCAGAUCCGCCGAUCUGCACCAGCAGUCGCGCCAUCGUAGAAAUGGAUUCCUGAAUGCCAAGCUCGAUGAGCUGCCCACCGCUACCGGUACCGUUACCUCCGCCGAAAUUAUUGUCGACAAUGAUCACAACGACGUCCAUUCUUGUUCCGCAGCUAAUGCCGAUGAAGAUGCGAUCACGCACAGCAUUCGUCCUCGAACCACCGCUAUUUUUCACUUUACCGAUCAACCCGAAAGUUUCUGGGCUAGUGACAGUUCUACAAAUAAACCACAAAUUAAUGGCGCUUAUCGGAAGAUUAAUUUGCAGAAGCAGGCUUUUUCUGUACUCUAUUUAUUGGUUGACAGAAUUAAUGCAGUUCUUAAUUACUUAAGUAGUUGGUUUUUCUGUUUACCAAUAAGUAACUCAAACAUCAGUCCGAUGCUGAUGUUGAUGAAAUUCGAAUACGAACUGUACGCGGAUGGGACGACACAAGUGCCCGUUUGUUGGACCAUAUCGGAUAUAUUCUGGACGAGAACCUUUUUCUUGUGUACCAUCACGGUGUUCUUUUUUCUACCUCUGAUCACAUUAGCUGCGUUGUACAUUACGAUCGCUAAACAUUUGAUGGCCAAUCCAGGAAUCGCAGCUCCUAACUCGAAUACUUCAGCUUUAAGGUAUAGAAGACAGGUCGUGAUGAUGUUAGGCACCGUGGUGUUUACGUUUUUCGUAUGCUUAUUACCAUAUCGAGCGUUAACAUUGUGGCUGAUGUUCGUGCCGUACGAGUGGAACAUCAUGAGUCUAUACGGAUACGAGGCGCAUUAUCAAGUCUUGUCCUUCUGCCGUUUUAUGUUGUACUUAAAUUCGGCCAUUAAUCCUAUCCUUUAUAAUUUAAUGUCUUCCAAAUUUAGAGACGGAUUUCGAAAACUGUGCGGUUUCAAAAACGGAGGUUGCGGCGUGCAUUUAGGACGUCGCGGCACCAUUACCACAACCUCCGCCAACACCACCGGUUUAACCUUUUCCAGCCAACGAAACGCCACUGGCACUAGUAUUAGCACCGGUGGUGGUGCCGGUGCCGGUGGCGGUGGCAGUUUCUCGACCCCUACACCGAACGCCUGCCUUUCGUCUACGCCAAAAAAGAAAAGUUUCGUCAAUUUAAUAUCCAUCGAGGAUUACGAGAAGCCGGACGGUAUUUUCAAAAAAUUGAGCAUCACUACCAAUAUCAUCAAGUUACAAGAAAGUUACGUUUGAGAUAACGAAUCGUGCUCGCCGUUUUUGCAACCACUUUACCCACCUGUAUUAGUAUUCGGAGCACUCGAUUGUGAAUUUCGUCGAUGUUUCGAUAUCGAUUCCUCUUACGUCGAUUAGAUUUUCAUUUUCAUUAAUAUUAACAAUAUAGCCCAGUCAAAUAGCAGAAAAAAAUAGGUGAACCCAAACAUUAUUGCAAACGAAGGUUUUUUUUGGUAAAUAUUGUCUAGGGUGGUAUGCUGAACAACAUACUAAAAGUCCCCGCUCCUACCCCACGAGCUAACCCCCCCCCUCCAGUGGAUCAAAGCCCCCCAAAAACAGUUUUUCGUCCAAAACUCCUGAAAUAUUGAAUUUUGAGUAAAAUGAGCUCAGUGAUCAUUUCAUCUCCUCUCCAAUACCUAUCAAAUGAGCUAUCGACCAACUCUCUAGCCUCAAGGGGGUGGCGCUACGACCCCUAAAAGUGACGUGAUUUUAAUAAUUUUACAUUUUAUGACUUGGGACUUGUAACCUGUUCUAAUUGAUGAAAUGAAGUCCAACUUGGGGAAUGGGAUUCUUUUGGGAGCUAAAGUUGACCUCUGGAGUCUGGAGGGUCAAAGUUGAAAAUUACAGAAAGGUCAUUUUUUUUGAGGGGCAUAACAUGACCCCAAAUGGAUGAAAAGGGUCCAAAAUCAUACCAUCGGACAGCACCCCCAUUGUGAUCAACAUAUCCAAAUUUCAGCUUCCUAGGUCAUCCCCACACUUUUUAAGAUGGAAAAAACCGAAAAUAGGGGCAAAAUAAGGGGAUUUUCACCUUAAUUCCGCUUUAAAUGGGGGUGGGGAUGACCUAGGAAGCUGAAAUUUGGAUAUGUUGAUCACAGAUGAGGUACUGUCCGAUGGUAUAAUUUUGGACCCUUUUCAUCCAUUUGGGGUCAUGUUAUGCCCCUCCAAAAAAAUGACCUUUCUGUAAUUUUCAACUUUGACCCUCCCCACUCCAGGGAUCAACUCUGGCUCUCAAAGGAAUCCCAUUUCCCAAGUUUGAUUUCAUUUUAUCAAUUAGAACAGGUUACAAGUCUCAAGUCAUAAAAUGUAAAAUUAUUAUGUAAAAUCACGUCACUUUGAGGGGUCGUAGCGCCACCCCCUUUAGGCUAGGGAGUUGGUCGAUAGCUCAUUCGAUAGGUAUUGGAGAGGAGAUGAAAUGAUCACUGAGCUCAUUUUACUCAAAAUUCAAUAUUUCAGGAGUUUUGGACGAAAAACUGAUUUUGGUGGGCUUUGAUCCAAGGGGGAGGGUUAGCUCGUGGGGUAGGGGCGGGGACUUUUAGUAUGUUUUUCAGCAUACCACCCUAGACAAUAUUCACCAAAAAAACCUUUGUUUGCAAUAAUUUUAGGGUCAAAUUGCAUUUUGACUUGGCUAAUAUUUUUGUAAAUAUCGAGUGAUGGUACAAAAAUGAUUUAGUUAAUAGUUAUUUUUAUACAAGUGUCAAAGGUCCGAUUAAUCGUUAUUAGUAACAUUUCCUUCAACUACAUACAAUCUAGGUACCUACAUUUUAAAGCUACGAAUUCCAAAAUUUUCAAAUAAAAUCUUCGGAUCCACUCCACUUGGCUCAAAUUUACCAUCGAUGAAUCUAUCAAGUAGGCGAAGUGAAUACGAUUUUACGCUGUUACCUAUCUACUUACUUACUACGUAGCAAGGUGUAUAACAUAAUCGUGUCUCGAUUAUCUGAUUUUGAUCUCAAUUUGAGAAUUCCUUCUCGCGAUUAAUUUUACUCGUAUGUUAGGACCACUCCCCUAUAUGUGUUGAUAAGUAUAAAUUACGUACUUAUUAUUUAAUAUUUACGUACGAUUACCCUUACUGCUGUGUUGUUAUUUUUACGUUGUCGAUAAGAUAAAUUGAAAUUUUAUUUUCACCCGUCUUCGUAUGUAUAUGGCGCACAGGUAAUUACGUUACCUGCCUUCCUAUUUUGAAAUGUAUAUUUCAUAUCAAAUAUUUUUGUUUUCGUUUUUUAUUUUUAUUAUUACCUUAUAUUCUAUUAUCAUCGUCGAUAUUAUUAAAUUACCAGUAUCAUUUGUUGAAUUCGAAAUUAAGUUAAAAUAAUGUAUCGUGUGAUUUUUAUACCUGUAUGUAUAAUUUAUGUAUACUGAAUAAAAUACAAAAUAAUUGUACGUAGGUACGAUGAUUUCUUACGCAA